CCACACUAGAUCGAAAAACCUCCCGUCUUGAUCCCUAUUGAUUUUCUGUCUCCGAUAGUUGGAGGAAGUGGGAAAGAUGAAGAUCCACGAUGAUGGAGUUGUCGCAGCGACGAAUCCUUCCCGGAAGUCGGUUUCUUUUGGGAACUUGGAGAUUGCUGAGCAGUCUGGUAGAACGCCUCUCCAAGAUCAAAAUCGUCGUGUGAUGCAUAAGUCGCCAUACGUCCAAAACAAUUCCGGAUCGAAAUCAACCUUGUUCAAAUCCCCGUCGUCGGUGAACAAAAGGGCCAUCACUAGCAAUUCGUUCCGCCAAGAUCUGAGAAAGGGAUGCACGCCAUCUUCGACGAAAACAAAACCCCGCACUUUGGGAGAACGCGACAAAGAAAACAAUCUCACGAAUAACUCGACAACGUCUACCAGAGGAGAGAGGCAAAGCCGGUUGCAGCAGUCGCACCAAUCAAAUCCGAAAACCGAGGCAAAAACACCCAACAGUGCCAGCGCCUUAAGAAGAACCCUUCGUUCUACGGUUGAGCCCCAACAAGUGCAAUCAUUGCAACAGUCCGAGACACUUUUGCAACGGAAUAGAAUAUCCCUUCGAGCGUCCUCGACUGUAGGUUCUAGCAAUCAACCCUUUCAGUCUUUGACGACGGCCAUGACCUCUUCGCUUGUCGGGCGGUCGCGACUUCUAGGGAAAGGUGGUUUGGCUCCUGGUAAGACGGCGAUGGGUGGCCUGGGUCCUCCUGCACGAGUCGCUCCCAAAACACCGAAUACUUUGUUACGCAACGAACUGGAAGACGAGGACGACGAGUUCGACGAGUCUAUGCUCUUGUCUCCCCCACCGGGAGCCUUGUGGGAUGCCCUGAACCUUUCGAGUGGUGGAGGCGACAACAAACGGUAUGCCAUAAGUCCUACCGUCACGACGGGUUUGAUCGUGGUAUCACCACAAGCCGCAGAACAGAUCCAUACGUGGUCGUCUGCGAAGGAAAGAUUGCCGACGUCAAACCCGACUCCCGAAGUGACAAACGACAAAUUCUCUCCCACCGUACCCCGAGCCCUAAUGCAGACCCCACACGCAACGGCUUCCCAGCCUGUAACCACGUCCGUCACUACCGCUGUUGCUGCUCAAUCGACGAGUCAAGUUAAGAUUUGUCGGCAAAAUAGUUCAAUAAUCGAAAUCGAGGAAGUCACUGAGCGUGAGAUCUACAUUGAAAGCACAGAGGAUUCGAUUCAAGAUGAGCACAAUCAUCUCGAAAAUGAUGAACAAUUGUUCGCCGCAAAUGACAUGCAAAGCAUGGUCACUUCAAAUGAUGAGGACCCAGACAUGCCCCAGCGCAAUUCAACAACGCCUACUUCGAUUCAAAAAUCUACAAAAGGUGGGAUCGCGCUUGACCUGACAGCUUUAUUUUCAACAGAAAAAGACAAUUGCAGGCAGCUGCAGCAACAGAGUGAACGCAAAGAGAAGAAAUGGGUGGAAAACACACCACUUUCAACGUCGAUGCCUGCAACAUUGCUGUCCAAACUAAAUUCAAACAGGCCGACGUCAAAGAAACAAGUACAAGGAAAAGAAAAAGGAAAAGAAAUUCGGUCCGUGCCACCCAGAGCAACAACGUCGAAAACAAAAUCAACCUUUACGAAGACAAAGCCUUCUACUACCAAGGGAUCGACGACAAGGGUGGCAAGAGAGAGGAACAUUUCCAGAAAACCAACCAUGCAGAACAAUGCUAAAGGGAAUCCCAAAAAGGUACUAGCGACUGCUAAAUCCAAUCUAUCGACCAAAAUUACUCAGAAGGCAACCUCGAAGGACGUAGUGAAACCAUGGAAGAUACAAAAGACCGAAAAUUUAGCCAAUGCAAAGGAAAAGGAGAACAACGAAUCGGUAUUAAGUGAGACGUCGUCGGUUCGGCACGACAGUGCCACAGAGGAAAAUGUACGCCACCGUGGAGGCCUCGCUUUUGAUGUUGGUUUCACCGAUACAGUGAAACCACAGAUACAAUUGCCACCAUCUAAUUUCAAAUCUAGAACUGGAGGAACAGUAUCAACAGCAAUGGCAACCAAAGAGCCGAAACCAACCGGGAGUUGGGCUGAUAGACAAUGCCAAGUAUUCACUGGAUGGUUGAACUACACUCUUAAUCCUGAGGAAAUGGAUAUCAACAACGAAGGUUGCAUUGCGUCAGGUCUUAGAGCAUUGAUUAUUCAUCGACGCCUUGCAGAAGGCCGAGUCCAUGCCAUGAAUUUGUAUCAGGGAAGUUCCAUGCGUCAAAUUCGAAAGACGAUCGUAAAAGAAAUCGCGAAGGGGAGACUCUCUAUUCGUGCUGACCGCGAUGUAGCUGUUGAUGUUCAGCUACAGAAGAAAUUGGUGUCCCUUCUUCUCUCGUAUACAACUCCAUGGCUUCGACUAGCCUUGGAAGUUAUGUUCGGAGAGUGCAUCGAGCCCGCGCCUUUCUCGGAAAGCAGUCCCAAGGUAUGUUUAUACAAACAUCAAUAUGUAGUUGCAUUACAUCCGUCACGAUGUUAUCUAAUCCAUCAUUUCUUUCUUUAGACUUAUUUGGGUAGGAUGAAGCUUGCUCUGAAAACUUUCGUCAAAAAACGUUUUCUUUCCGAUGACGACACAUUGCAAAAGUUCACGAAAGGUCGUUGCAAUGUUCCAUCAGGUAGAUUUGAAACGCAAUAUAAAGCAGAAAUGAGAAAUCUUGUCCUAUCGCGGAUUAUGACACUAGUGUUCUUUUUGGAUCGAGCGAAGGCUGCAAAUGUAUUGGAGAAUGUUCCAAGAUUAUUCACUGUAUCUUCCAAUGUCAAGUCCACACGUGAUGUCCUGAUCACAAUAUGCAGAGAAUGUUUGUCUGCGGAGGGAGAUAUUACAAAACACCUCUCUCGUAUCGGGCUUAAAGUAUCAUAUAUACAAGACCCGAUUGAUGAAGUCAACUUCCAAGUCGCCAAUUUAGCCACAGAUUUACGUGACGGAGUUCUCUUGACGAGACUCGCGGAGAUCAUUACAGGUGCAUCAUUCAAAUCUUACAUGCAUUCCCUACGUAUACCUGUCGUGUCAAGAUUGCAAAAGAAAUUCAACGUCAAUCUAGCUAUGAAAUCGAUCAAGGAUUUCGGUAUAAUCAUAGCAGAUGGAAUAAAUGCACAUCAUAUUAUGGACGGUCACAGAGACAUGGUUCUAGCCCUGAUGUGGUGUAUCAUUGCACAAUGUUGCAUCGAAAAGCUACUCCAGGGUGAUCAAGUGGAGCAAGAAAUCCAAAAUGUAAUCCAGUCUUCCCAGGCUAGAGAAAAGGUGCAAGGUAGACGCUACACGAAACUGAUUUGUGCUUCACAGAAUCUUCCAUUCUCUAGUCCAGUAGGGAGAGACUCUUCUCCUGAGAAGAUCCUAAAAGAUCUCCUGCUUCGCUGGAGCCAGGCUGUGUGCUCGUCGUUUGGUUUGACAAUCAGUGACUUGAGUGACUCUUUUGCCAAUGGAAAGGCAUUGUGUUUACUAAUUCAUUACUACCACCCAUCGCUAAUACGUGUUGAAGAGAUCUUCCAUGCAUCUUUAGAACCUCAACCAGGUGACAGCACAGAAGACUUGUUGGAAAAAGAACGCAUUAAUUGGAGAAGGGCUUCAACGUCAAUGCAACAACUUGGAGGAAUACCCGAUAUGCUUCCAAUUUGCGACUCCGAAAAUCCGCCCAACGAAAAGUCUAUGCUGCUUUGCCUUACAUAUCUGUGCUCGCGUUUGAUGGAGUCAAGCCAGGAAAUCUUUGCUGCCAUAUUGAUUCAAGCUUGCUACCGUAAAUAUCGCAGAAAGGUUUUGUUAGAGAAGAAGGUUGCUGCAGCUUCGACGAUUUUUCGUUUUUGGACUCUCCACAAAGACAACUAUUUUCGCAAACAAAGAAAACGAUACAAAGUUGCCGUUGCCACUUUAGAAGAAUUCCUUCUUUCCCACAAACAUGCCUUGGUGCGAUUGAAGAAGAUCAGAUUGAAGAAGGAGCGAACGAUACGAUGCACAAUCAAUAUUCAAGUAAGUUAUUGCGUUCUAUUUUUGAUUUUGUGGAAAAACAGAAAUCCCCUUCUUUAUCUCACGCUCUCGCCGUGUUUUUGCAUUGAAAAAAGAGAGUAUAUCGUGGCUACCUUGGACGAGUACGUUAUGAACGAGCAUGGGUAUUAAAGUUCGCAGCCACCAUGAUCCAGAGAACUUUUAGGCGUUAUAUGGCGAUGCGAAUUUCAGCAGAUUUAUGUAAAAAGCGAGACUCAGCCGUUGUCAUACAGAGUGCAUUCCGUCGCUUUGUCGCUUAUGAAAGUUUUUUGGACUGCCGAUUUUACAUCAUUGAACUCCAGCGGACUUUCAGGGGCCAUUUAAGUAGAAGGGAGCUGAAGGAAAGAAAACACGCAGCUCUUGUAAUUCAAAAGGCUUGGUGGUCUUACUUGGUCGCUUUAGAAUCAGAAUUGGCAGCAAUCUUCAUCCAGAAAGUGUGGCGGGGUAUAUUAGGGCGGCGCAAAUGGGUAGAAAAUGAAAAUCGUCGGGACGCAGCUUGCUCGAUUCAAAAGAUAUGGAGAGGAUACUACCAGUCGCUCAAGUACUUUAUUACUUUUGAAUCAUCGAUUGUCAUCCAAAAGACGAUUCGAGGUUUCCUUGUGAGGAAAGCCAUUCCAGUCAAUAUGUACAGUCAUGCUGCGACUUCCAUCCAGAGAAUAUGGAGAGGAUUUUCUGUACAGGUUCAGUUUCAGCUUGAUUUAUUUGAUAUUGUAUGCGUUCAAAGUUUGGUAAGGAAAUUCCUCGCGAAGAGAACUUAUAUGAAAAGAAUAAACGCAUUGUCGAUCCUCCAAUGUUCAUAUCGAUGCUUCAUAGCACAGCGCCGAAUGGUUGAAAAAAUCAAGGACAGAGAACAAGAGAUUUUGCAGCACCGAUCUGCUGUAAUCAUACAAGCACACGCUCGAAAAAUUAUUACACAGCAGAAUCUGUAUUCUCUACAUUAUUCAGCGUAUGUCAUCCAAAAUAAUUGGCGAACAUUUCUGUGGCAUAGACUUUCAAUGUCUUCAUCUACAAAGAUUCAGUCAUUCUAUCGCGGAUGGAAAUGUCGGUGUGCAUUCAUGCAUAAAAGGAAGGCUGUAGUCGAUAUACAGAGGCUCUGGAGAGGCUUCGUUUGUCGCCAAAACGAUGAAAUUUUGCAUUUUGCGUCAACUCUAAUCCAGAGUGCAUGGCGGCGUUAUUGGAUUUACACUGACUACAUUUUGUAUGUAAAAGAAUCGAAAGCUGCUACUCUGAUUCAAGCUCAUGUUCGAAGAAUGGCAGCAAGGAGGAUGAUCGACACCCAAAAUCUUCUUGUGCAAAUUAUUCAGAGCCAAUGGAAAAACUACAAACAAUUCAAGACAGAGACAAACGCAGCAACCAAGAUUCAAGCAAUUGUCCGCUCGAACUUGUCUAGAUCAGAUUUUCUCGAGUCGAAAAGACUAACGUUAAUCUUGCAACAAACGGUGAGAGCGUACCAAGCACGAAAGUUAUUCCGUAUCAAAUACAACGAACGGCUACGCGAACAAUCUGCCACCAUCAUACAAAGCUUGUGGAGAUGCUUCUCGAAACAAGUUCAAUUUCAAGUCGAUGUUAUGGACAUAGUCUGCGUUCAAAGCGAAUGCCGGAGGUACCUUGCGUUCAGAACGUAUAAGAGAAUUGUCCUCGCUACCACUGUAGUGCAGAGAGCAUUUCGUUGUGCUGCUGCAAAGCAAGAAUUGUCGAUGAGGAAACUCGUAAUGGAUACGAUGGUAAUGGAAUCGUCUACGAAGAUUCAAACAGUGGUUCGAGCUCAUAUCGCAAGAUCCAAUUUUUUUCGGAUCAAAAAAUCUUCGAUUAUCCUUCAGAAGUGCUGGCGAGGACAUAAUAUCCGUAGAAACCUUCGGAAUUUAUGCAUCAAGUCAACAAUCGUUCAGAAUACUUGGAGGAUGUAUCAGCUCCGCGCAAAAUACGUAUCAAUUGUAGAUUCUACAACGAAAAUUCAGACUUCCUUUCGUCUUCACUCUACCCGAUCAAGAUAUUCAGCAAUGAAAGAUUCUAUGGUCUGCGUUCAACGUUGCUGGAGAGGAUACAAGGCCAGAGUUAAUCUUUCGAAGCUAUCUUAUGCUGCAAUCAAGAUUCAAAGUCAUUGGCGAAGAUCCGUUGCUCAAAAUAACUACCUUCUUGAUCUGUUGGAAAUCAAAUCUGCGACCUUGAUUCAAGCCUCUUUUAGAAUGUAUGUGCGCAGGUUGGAUUAUAUGGUCGUAAAGUAUUCAGCGCAAACAAUUCAGCGAUUUACCAGAGGACUUCUGUCAAGAGUUGAUCUCGCUGUCCAAAAUUUUGCUGCAUCCGAGAUCCAGCGAGUGUGGCGGGGAUAUUGCACUUACUCUACGAAAGACAUUAUCUGUGCUUUGGUCAAGGUACAGUCGGUUUUUAGAAUGGCUUCCGAGAAAAACAAGAUUGAUGAGUUACGUCUUUUGUAUUGGGUAGAAGUAUGCAAUAGAAACAGAAAUGCGGUCACUAUCCAGCAGUCAUUCAGGAAAUAUGUUCAACGAAAGAGGAGAGAUAAUGCUGCCAGAGUUGUACAGAACGCCUAUCGCUCAUAUUCACAGCUCAAAAAGAUUCAAGCAGCGUCUCGAGGUAUGAUCAGGCUUCAGUCGAGGGUAAGAGGAGCCCUAAUUCGGAAGAAGCGCAGCAAAAGGAUCGAAGAGUUAGCACGUCGAAUUAAAGAGGAAACUCGGCGGGCAAUCCUUGAUCCAACAUUACGGUUAGGAUACCGUACCUCUCGAGCUUUGGAAAUCUUGCAAACUAGCCAGAGUCUAACAAAAAUUAUGGACGCUGUAAAGGAACUCGAAGCUUCAACUCGACUAUCAGUUGUAUGUUGUCAGGUAUUUACUAAGGUCAACGCGGCAAACAUUUUGCUUCAACUCAUCCAAAGUUGCAAUAGAAGUGUACCCCAUAUGGAACUCAAGGAGCAUAUCCUGCUCACACUUGAAAACGUGGCACAAUAUCCUUCCCUGAUAGGCAGCUUCGCUCAUUGUAGAUACGCUGAGGUCUUUCUCGACAAUGUCCAAGUCUUUCGUGACAAGGAUGGGAUAUUCUGUCUCGCGGUGGUCUUGUUGGAUCGUAUUACAAAGGCUGAACACGAUGUGGCUCAAUUCUGUUCCACUCAUGAACAUCUGAAACGCCUGAAGGAAGUUUAUAGGGUUGUCUCUCGUAGAAGAUUCAGAUUUCAGAAAAAUAGGGCUUUGAGCGAGAAGGCACGACGAUUGAGAAAAUACGGGUUAGCAAAGCGAGAUAAUUUUGACAGAGAAGUUUCAACGAAGAUGCUUGGAAAAAUGAUUGAGGUGUUUACGGAAAUUGCAACGACACCAACCAGCCACCGCAAUUGUUUUUUUUUUGAAGGAUGAUGGCAGCCAAAAAAACUUACUACGGUGCAAAAACUAGGUUAUUGCUACUAGAAUGACUUAGUUAAAAAUGAAUAAUAUAUUUUUGGUCAAGGUACUACUUUAUUUGCAAAAAAUKGUAUACCAGGGUUUGUACAAAUCCACACUAAAAACAAGUUUCUUUUUGUUUCCUCGGUAAGUCCAGGGCUGUAAGAAUUCUUCAAAGUUACUGGCUACMCGCACUAAAGUUAGUKAAGUGCA